AUGGAUAAUACAGGCUACACUGACCUGCCCCCACCAAAUCCAGCAAAGACACCUUUCUACUAUCAUAUCAGCUUUAAAGUCAAUAAUAUUGACUAUGACAGCAAGUUUGAAAAACCAUAUUCACAAGAAUAUAUGGACCUAAAUAAAAAGAUAGUAUCUUUGGGGAAGAAUUUGUCCAUUGACACCCAUCUUGCACCAGCUCCUACAGAGUUAACUCCUACAUUUCCUAAAGUCCAUCUGGGAAUGUCCAGCAGGCCCCUUCUGGCAGAAAACAUUGAAAUGCCAGCAGCAGAAAAUCUUCUCAAUACCUGUUGUGGACAACGAACAAUAACUCCUUCUGGCAACAAGAUAGCAGGGGGCAAGGAUGCCCAAGAAGGGGAAUGGCCUUGGCAAGCUAGCCUUCAACAGAACAGUAUCCACCGGUGUGGAGCCACUCUGAUUAGUAACAGCUGGCUUGUCACUGCUGCUCACUGUUUCAUAAAGGCCAGGGAUCCCAAAGAAUGGAAUGUUAGUUUUGGUCUUCUUUUAAGUGAUCCACAAACAAAACGAAGUAUCAAGGAUAUUAUAAUUCAUGAAAACUAUCAUUACCCCGCACACGAUAAUGACAUAGCUGUUGUGCAUCUGUCCUCGCCAGUAUUAUACACAAGCAACAUCCGAAGAGCAUGUCUUCCUGAAGCUACUUACACAUUCCCACCCAAUUCAAAUGUGGUGGUCACUGGAUGGGGAACAUUAAAGUCUGAUGGAAUAAGUCCUAAUAUACUCCAAAAAGGAUUAGUGAAGAUUAUAGAUAAUAAAACCUGCAACAGUGAAGAGGUAUAUGGUGGUGUGAUCACACCUGGAAUGUUGUGUGCUGGGUUCCUGGAAGGAAGUGUGGAUGCCUGCCAGGCUUUUGCCCUACCAGUCCAGAUUAGCCAAGAUGGUCUAAUUGCUAAAUCCAAUACAUGCAGAGUGGAAGACGGACUGGAAGCAAGUACGCUAGAGAUAUUACGAUCUGUUAAAAUAUUUUACCUGAGAAAGGGUGACUCUGGUGGACCUCUGGUUGGUGCAGAUUAUAAAGGCACUUGGUUCCUUGCUGGUAUUGUAAGCUGGGGAGAUGAAUGUGCUCUUCCAAACAAGCCUGGUGUCUACACUCGAGUAACAUACUACCGAGACUGGAUCUUGUCCAAAACUGGUCUCUAG